CUUUCUCGAUCACCAUCAUGUAUUUGAUCUUAAGACGACAUUAACGGACGAGCCCCUAAUAACCAGCUUGUGGGAUACAACAAAGGUUAGAAAUGCACGCCAAGUUCAGCAAUUAAAGUGAAAUUUAAUAAAUUACAUUUUUGUGUUGUAAGUAUGAUAGAGUAAUCCCUUCAAGUAAUCUAGUUUUAAGACGACUGCAUUCAGAUUAGCACUUUAAACUGUAGCUCUCCUUGAAUAGUUUGUCAUAUUUUGUAUUUCAAAUACCUAAGUUACUUCCUUUACUCCCUAACCAUGUGACACGCUGGCAUCUGCCAAAGAUCUGCAAACACUCACACACAAUACACAGACUCUUGGGCCAUAAUGAUGUUAUAUCAAUCUGAUGAUAAAAGAGCAGCAAUGGAUGUUUGUUUUAAACGGUGAUGUGUCCUGAGUGAAGGGAAGGGCACAGUUUGAAUGACUGAGGUAAAGAGCAAACAUCAGGCAGUUAUUUAGAGGAACAGAGAUAAAUAGGAAGGUUUAUUGCUAGACAGAGACCUUAAAUCACAGCUCAGCUAUAGGGCAUCUAACUGUAUAUACCUGCCUGUUCACUCUCCUAAUGGCCCAUUGACUCCUGGUACAGUACAUGCCAGUUAAUCAUUUACCCCUGAUGGGCUUUGUUUUGACAAUGGAUCAAUACUGGACAUAUGCACACACACAUACGAAUGAAAGAGUCGGUUAGACACGACAGGACACGCAUCUCUUUUUGCUGAAGGUUUAUAUGAACCAGUGAGACAUCAGGUGCGUUCAUAAUAGUAAGUUGGAAUGGACUCUUCAGAUAUUCAGAGCUUCAGGACCCCCGUGGAUUGAUACUGAGUGGCUGAUGUUCUCGCUGCAUCAUGAUUUCCAUUCCCGGGACUAACACCUCAGAUAACCACAGCCUGACUACUGACGGAAGUGAUUCUGCUUUAUUUCACAGCACCACUGUUAAAGUCUCUGUCCUGUUCCUGCUCCUACCCAUCCCCAUCUUUGCCAUCAUGGGAAAUCUUGUCAUCAUGGCUGCAGUGGCUCGUUUCCAAAGCCUCCAGACGCGCACCAAUGCUUUUGUUGUUUCCCUGGCUGUGGCGGACCUCCUGGUUGCCGUGCUGGUGAUGCCUUUCAGUCUGGUGCGUUCCAUCGACAGCUGGCACUUCGGCCGCUGCUUCUGCCGAGCACACUUCCUGCUGGACGUCACCUUCUGUACCUGCUCCAUCUUCAAUCUCAGCUGCGUGGCGUUGGACCGAUACAUAGCAGUGUGCGAUCCACUGCAUUACCCUGCCCGAAUGUCUCCCAGACGUGUGGCCGGGCUGCUGCUGCUCUGCUGGGUUCUGCCUCUGGUCUUCUCCUCCUUUUGUGUCUCACUUGGCAUGUACACGCAGUCGCCUCCUGCUGUAGUAAGCAGCAGCACACAGGAUGCUCAGACCUGUCUGGCCAUGUUUCAUGUCCCCUAUGCCUUUGCUUCCUCAGCUAUCUCCUUCUUCAUUCCCAUGGGUUUCAUGCUGUUUGCCUACUGGAAAAUCUUUAAGGCUGCACAGAGACAAGCGAGGUGGAUCCAUGCAAGCGAUCACCAAACUGGCCCCACCAGACGAGUCCAGGCUUAUACAGAAACAUAUUCUCUGAAGAAGGAGAGGAAGGCUGCUAAAACUCUGGGUCUGAUUAUCGGGGUCUUCCUGAUCUGUUGGCUUCCUUUCUUCUGUGUGAAUGUGGUCCAUCCUCUGAAGGGCUUCAGCGUCAGCCCCCUGGUGCUGGAGGCCUCCAUGUGGCUCGGAUACGCCAACUCUUCUCUCAACCCUUUCCUCUAUGCCUUAUUCAACAAGAACUACCGCCAUGUGUUUGUAGCCAUGUUAGACUGUGGGAUUUUUGGCAGGCAGUUAAGAGCACGUUUGGAUUCCUCAGUCUUUGGUAGGCAAGCACACACCGUCGUUAGCUUGGAGACAAUUUCAAGGUGAUCAUUGCGUAUUAGCUUGAUAAAGUUUGCCAAUUUCUUGUUGGGGAAGAGUUUAAUCUUAUGUUUUGCCAUAACCAAUCUGUCCCACUAAGGAGCAGUGGUGCAGCAGAUACAGAUAUCUCUAGACUUUUAGUCUCGAUUGUGGGUUAAACUAAAAAAAAAAAACUAUAUUUCCUACAAUGCAAUUUGAAAGUAGCUUUCAGAAGAUGUUUCCAUCCUGGUAAAUUCACGUCUUUGAAACUCAACACCACGUUUGUCAUGUGGGUUUUAUGUUAUAAGUGUGUAUUUAAAAGAGCACAGAUAAUCCUUGUGACAUUGCCAGGGUACUUUUUUCAGUCUUUGGAAAGCUCCCGCCAGAAUCACAGAUGAUUUUAAACAGCUGUUUCACAGGCUGAGUAGUGCUAUUAUAGGAUAUAGUGCUAUUCGAUCAAUCAAGCUGCCUAGUGAUACAGGAAGAUGGUCUUAUUCUUCAAUUUGAAGUGUGGAAAAUGUUGUCCCUCAGACGCUUAGCGAGAGGAAUUUAUUUCAGGUAUGGCACAUAGAAAGUCAAUGGAAAAAUUCAAAGACUGGAAACCUGCCGACAAGCUUGAAUUGAUGCAAAGAAGCAUAGAAGCUCACUCUUUAAACAUGAACAAUAACCCCUUCUUUUUCUCUUUAGCUUGUAAGUAGGGAUCACAUUAAUAUGAGAAACAACAUGG